AUGGAAACAGUGUGUCUCAAGUGGUACUCCAGAACGGAGGCGAGGGCGCACAUCUCCCAGAACUUCUCGUCGAGCAUUGCGAUGAGAUACGAAACAGGCAACACCUUCUUGUACGACUGGAGCAGAGACCAGACCGACACCUUGACGGGCCUUUACUCGUCUGAGUUCUCGUCUGUCUGCUUGUUCUCUCUCGAGACGGCGGCGAGCGGGUCAGCAGAGAUAAACUCUGGGUAUGUGGCAUCGAUUGCCAUUACCCACGCUGGUACAGCCUGCAUGACCCCUACAAUUACUGUGUCCGCACUGUCUGGGGUGUCAGUAGCUGCACAAGCGAAGGUCAACGUGACGUACGGCGGGUAUGGAUACACGUCAGCACCAUCACAGGUAGACUCUCGCAGAGAGGACGAGGUACUACUUCGCUACCUCGCUGCCGGUCAAGAGCUCGUAUGUGAAGGGAUAUGGAGUGUCGGGGAUGGUAAUCAUCGGCGGUACGCUCGCGGGAGACUGCUACAGCUUUCCUUACGUGGUAUCAGCUCUGCAAACUUCAUGGAAAAGCUACAACUGUAUCCCAUCAGUUCAGCGCUGUGCCCGACGUCGAGUUGCUAUCCCAUACCUUUACAGAGCAUUGUUAUAAACUAUGAGCACGUAUUGCAAUUCAGUCUUUCAUCAAGCCUCCUGACUGGGAUGAGUCAUGUUGAGUUUUCAAUAUACGACUCCAACGGCCUGUGGCUGCAGAAAGUAACCGCGGAAGUGCCUCAUGACUCUCUUUCCAUGAAGUUGUUGAGCGCUGAGUUCUGUCAGGUUUGCAAUGCUAAUUCAGUCUGUGCCAGUAACGGCGUUUGUGACGAUGGAGCUGUCAGUCUGCAGUUCUCCGAGUAUCAGGGGAUGAGGACGUUGGUUGCUCCAGCCAUCGCAACGAGCACCGUCACGUUCACUGUAAUGUACCACGAGGCGAUGCAAAGCAAUUACGAGCUGUCGUUCGAUGUCAAAGUUGGGCAGUUCUACCUGAAUGUUAUCUUCUGGAAACAGAUCAGUUCGAGGUCCAAGAUCUCCAAGGCGAUCUGUUCGUCUACAGGAUCGAGCAUGCAGCUAACUUUCGAUCAAGAUGCCACUGAAUACGUUCCCUCGACUUGGUUUUCUUGCAGCAAAUCUCUAUCGUUCACUCCUGCUGCUGCCUCUACCUGUCUUCUCACUGGCAAUCAGAGCGUGUUUGUUAACUUCAGUAAUGCGCAGCCCUCGCUCCCCGGAGAUGGUGUCCAGGUGCUGUCGUCUGCAUCCUUGACAGCACCCAACGUCGUCAGCAAGGUAGAGUUCUCCUCAAGGCCAAUAGGUGGGAACUACCUGCCUGUCAUCCUCGGUCCCUCAACGAAUGAUUUCUGCACAUCGCUCCGCCUGCUAGCGUCUGUUGAAAGUAGGAGGAUCUCGAGAUUCUUCUGGUCCUGCUCCAACAACCAGCAGCUGGACCAGCUCCUGCGCCAGAAUCAGACGGACACGAUAGACUUGAGCUUGGACGAGUUGACAUUCAUAGGGUAUCAGCGCCAAUACAACAUCUCAGUUCAGGUAGUCGAUGUCUUUGGUGUUGCAAGUGAAGUCGCACAACAUGUUGUCUGGCAAACUCUCUCCUCUUCGAUCUCUGCGGUGAUUUCGGGACAAGCUGUCUACAUGAUGCAUGAGGAAAUACAUCUGCGCGCAAAACUGUCUCCUUCCUCAUGCUUGCAGCAAUUUGACGAUGUGAUCAACACAACUCCAGCUGACAUCUUUAAUGUCACCAACCGUGUCGACUUGCAAAUUCCUGCGUUUGCAUUGCAAGUUGGAUCUUACCAGGUGGAAAUGACUGCAUUCUUGUCCAACCGUCCAUACUUGACGGGAGCUUCAUCCUUCAGAUUCGAAGUCAGGCAGAGCAAUGCCUACAUGUAUGUGUUGGGAGGCUCUCCAGUUGAGGCCUCUGUAGAUCAAUGGUUCAGAUUGAACAUGAUGCAGAUUAAUCCUCAGCAAGCUCCUAGCACGGCGACAACUUUCUCGUGGACUUUGUAUCUGGGCAUCAACAACAUUCUGCUUGAUCAUGAGAAGAUACAGGAAGGGAUGAUCAUAGUCAACGCUAUCGACAGGCUAUCCUUCCAGGCGCUGCUGUCAAACUCGACAGGCGUCAGUUAUGAAUGGAGCAUACCGAUGAGCCAGUACACCCUCAGCAACCUUCCAGUAGGAUCAAGUUCAAACCUCUUUGCGUUUAUCCCCUCGGGAGGCAUUCUACUCCAUAUAUCAUUGACAGCUGUUCGCGGUGCAGUCCGUGGAUCUGCGCAGAUGGAGACUACAUUGAUGGACGUUGACGUGCCGCCGUUGCCCGGUUCCUGCUCGUACUGCCUCAACACCACCUCCUCCAACAUCAACCCGCUAGUGGACGUGCUUACUGUUUCUUGCGGCAACUGGACUGAUGAAGACCCUCCCUUGCGUUACAACUGA